UAUUCUGGGCUUCUGCUUCUCCUACGCCCUCUCCUCCUCUCGGCUCUCACCUCACCUCAGCCUCACCGGCUCGCCGCCAGUCAGUCAUCUACUGACUACUGCUCUCCGCGUGAGUAAGCCAUCUCACCUCAGCCUCACGGUCCUCACUUAAGGUUUUGUAGAGAACAAACAAGAGGACUUCUUCAUUCGAAUCUGGAAAAUCCAUGAGUUUAAUCGCCGGUUCGUACGAGCGUUUCAUAUGGGGAUUCAAACUGAAAUCUCCGAAGGACCUUCAAAGCUUUGAUCUAAUUCCCCUCUUCUCCUUCCCUUCCCACCUCUCCACCAUCAAAUGUGCCGACGUUUCCGGCUCCGCUGCCGUCUCUGGUGGCUCCGAUGACACCAUUAAAAUCUACGACCUCUCCACUUGCUCCGAAAUCGGCUCCCUCCACGAAUCUGCCACCAUCAAUUCCCUCGCAUUCUACACCCCUCCGUCCCUCUCUUUCCCGCGCAACCUUAUAUCCGCUGCUGACGACGGCUCAGUCUCCAUCUACGACACCGAUCCCUUUGUUCACCUCAAAACUGUGAAGGUUCACCGAAAAGGCAUCAAUUCCCUUUCUAUCCACCCCUCAGGGGGGCUGGUGUGCUCGGUGGGCCGAGAUGAAUGUUUAGCUAUGGUUGAUUUGGAGAGAGGGAGGAGGAGUUUUUACUACAGCUUGGGCAAAGAAGUCUCUAUCCUGAAAUUUAACGAAACUGGCAAAACAUUAUACAUGGUUAUGGAUGAAAAAGUUUCAGUCCUCGAGCUUGGGUACUGUCCAAGAACAGUUUUGGAAUUUAAUAAUGCGAAGCGAGUUCUCUGUGCUGCCCCAGGAGAGGGUGGUAUAUUGUUUACUGGAGGAGAGGACAGGAAUAUUACGGCAUGGGAUACAAAAAGUGGAAAAGUGGCACACAGGAUUGAUGAUGCACAUUCAGCCCGUGUUAAAGGCAUUGUUGUUCUCUCCAACAAUGAUGGAGAGUAUCCAUAUUUAGUAGCAUCUGCAUCAUCAGAUGGCAACAUAUGUGUAUGGGAUGUUCGCAUGGGGAUGGGAGGGAAAGAGAAACCAAAUCCACUGGCAAUGGCCAAUACAAAAUCCAGGCUGACUUGUCUAGCUGGAUCAUCCAUCAAAUAUGGGAAAUUCUGCUUCAAAUGAUCAAGAAGACGGAGCAGCAGAUUGAUACUCACACCACCAUUUGCUGAGAAUGCUUGAUUGAAUUGCACAAUCUUCUCUUUCCCUCCCUUCUAUGAUGCAUUUUGGGAUUGGGGCCAACCCCCAGUUAUUGUUGGCGCUCAAUUUUAGCCGGGCAAGAAGUGUUGCGUCGGGCUGCUUUCGAAGAAUAGGUGAUGGGCGAAACACUUGUAUUUGGAACCAACCUUGGCUCCCGGAUGAAGGAGAUCCUUUCAUUCACACGCACGAUCAGAAUAUGAAGGAUUUUGAUGAUAAAUGGUGUUGGCGUGGUGAUAUACGUGGUUCGUACUCCGUAAAGCUUGGUUUCCAGGCUCUUACUGACUUGCAGGGCCAUGGACAAAAUGUGAAUGAACAAUGGAAGUUUAUUUGGCAACUAAAGGAGUUGCAUGUUGCUCUUCUCCCCAAUGAUGAAUUAGAUUUUGGUGCAUGGUUGCGUGGAAUUAUAAUGCAAGGUGAUGAGAUUAGUAGACUGCAUAUUAUUUCUCUUUGCUGGAUCAUUUGGCGUUGGAGGAAUGAGGUGGUGUGGAGUCAUAUAGAAUGGAAUCACAUGGCAAUUAAAUUGGAGGUGCAGCGUACUGUUGGUGCAUGGCAGCAAUUGAAUCAAAUGUCUCAUACUGGGAUAGCAAUGAUAAUUUUUUGGUAGCAAGUAAUGGCCCGGUUUGGUGUCUUAAUGAUGCUUAUCUAGCAGAAGCCGUGGCGGUCAAAGAAGCCCUCUCGUGGGUUAAGGAACGAGGCUAUGCAAAGGUUAUGAUCCUAUUAGAUUGUCAGACAGUGUGCCGACUACUUAAUUGUUCUGAGAUCGAUCGUUCAUACGCAGGCUGUGUGAUUAGUGAGUGCAAGGCGUUACGAUGACACUUUGAAAUAGUGUCUUUUAAGUUUGUCCCAAGAUCAGUGAAUCAGUGUGCUCAUGCUUUGGCUAGAGCUACUCGUUCUCAAACUGGUCCUAGUUGGAUUUUGAAUAUUCCUAAUUGUAUU